GAACAAGUUUGCUGAAUCGUUCAGUAUCUGGAUUCUUUCUUCCUAGACAGAUUCAGCCAAGUCCUCCCUCCCCUCUGCCAUCAAUCCUCCUACUAAUAAUAACUCCAAAUCCAAUCGGAGCGUGGCCUCAAUUUUCCAUCGCUCGUGUGGGGUUUAGCAGGCAAUGCACACUUUUUAUGCACUGACUAAGAUCAGAUGUGGUUGUCAAAGGGCGUGUUAUCGACAUUUUCUGACAAGGAUGGUCAAGCAUGGCCGAUAUCCUGGAUAGCCAAUUCAUCCAUGAAGAUGACUGUUCGUGAGGGAGAGGAGGGGAGCGUAAGGUGACCAUUGUAUCAGCUUGUGAAUCUGUUUUCUCUCCGAUCAUUCCAUUCGUGCUUGCAUUCUUUCAUCCUUUCGUUCUUACAUCUAUCUAUCCAUCCAUCGUCCGCUUCACAAUAUAUACCCAAGGAUUAUUCAUCGUUUCUUCUUCACGCCCUUCCGUGGACGCUUUCUUGUCAAUAUCUUCGUUUUCAUUUGCCUGACUCAAUCAAGUACCUAGGUCGUUCUGGACAGGAGAGUGGAUUGUUUCUCUGUCAGAGUCCAUUCCCCGCCUUCCACCUACUCAAUUGAGUCUUACACCUCAUUAUACUUUCGUCCAAACGGCCCUCACGCCCUCUAGAUGACCACAAUUGACGAAAUGGAUGAGUUCUUCAACUUUGAUGAUGCCACUCGUGCGGCCACCCCUCUGACUACUGAUCAAUUCGAGUAUGAUCUUAGUCAUCUCAAUACUGUUUCAAGUGCAGGUCCGUAUGAUAUCGACCUAGCCUUUGCAGAUCCCGAAGGGGAUGAGAAUUCCUUUAGUUGUCUCCAACAUUUCUCGGCUCCAGAAGAGCCAGUCUCUCAAGAUUUGGAAUCUGGGGUGGUGCCAUCGGCACUUGACACUACCACGCUUGAAGCACACGAUUUUCAAGAUUUUCCAAGAUGGAUUGAUGGCAUGUCAGAGCCUAUCAAGCCGUGUACACGAUGUCGACAGGAGAAUACACAUUGCAAAAUCAUCAAAGAGGGUUUCCGUAAGGGCUCUUGCACAUGCUGUGUCGCCCUUGCAAGAACAUGCAGCUUGACACAAGAUCUCAAUAUUAGGAGUAAGAUAUUAUAUGACUAUCGUGCCUCGGGCAAGAUCGAUUGUGCAGUUGACGGCGAAGGAUAUUUUCGCAUCAGAGAAGAGGCAUCCAUACCCCCCGGCAAGCAGUGUGAGUACUGCGUCUUACUAGCUCAACCAUGUACAGUAUUGGGAGACGGGGAAAGUAUCGCUUGUCAAAGUUGCUUGGGGCUGGAUCGACUUUGUAGUUUGGUGAGAUACGGUGAUUCUCAGAGAGUGGCAGAAGGCCGACCUCAAAGCAAUCCUUUCAGAUCACCUACAUCCCCAUCUGAAGGGUACAACUCUUACCCCGUAUCUCAAAACAACUCUUCAACGGAUCUGCCAGCUCUUCAAACUUCGACAGAAAAUCUCAAAUCCGAUGUUGGAGACAACAGUUCUAAAGUUGGCGCGAGAUUCUCAAGACAGUCGGUUCGAAUUCUUAAGGACUGGCUAGGGUUACAUCAUCGUCAUCCAUAUCCAACUGAUUCGGAGAGAGAUAUCCUAAUGUCCAAAACGGGAUUGAACAAAACACAAAUCACCAAUUGGCUUGCCAAUGCACGUCGUAGAGGAAAGACUAGGCCAACUGUUACUCCACCAACCGUAGGUAAUUAUGCGAAUGCCAUGGAUAUUCCAAGGAAAGGUACCCCUGCCUUGGAACACAUGAAUCCUUUGGAACGUUGGAAGCACUCUCCACCCGAGCACGAACCUGCUUCGCAAACAGCUAUUGCGAAGGCCGUCACGGCUUCCAGUUUUAGCUCUGGCAUGGACAGUCCAUACACAAGUUACGCUGAUGAUGGAUCGAAUCGAUCCCUUUACAAUGUGUCAUCGGCGAGUAGUUUGGGCACUUCUCAUUCUAGUGCCGGCUCAUUUGCUUCAGCAUACUCUCACAAAUCUCGUGGGUCAUUUGGUUCUUUUAGCUCUUUCGGAAACAAUGGUAGACGGCGUCGUCGUCGACAAGCACCCAAAGCAGCAAAGGUCAUAGCUGCAGGUCCAGCGAGAACCUUCCAGUGUACUUUCUGUACUGAAUCUUUCAAGACAAAACAUGAUUGGCAGAGGCAUGAGAAAUCACUACAUUUAUCACUGGAGAGAUGGAUUUGUUGUCCCAAUGGACCUAUACAGUACAACAAAGAAUUCGAGCGUCCAGGUUGCGUGUAUUGUGAUCAUCCAAACCCAUCAGCCGCUCAUGCAGAAUCACAUAACCAUUCAAGUUGUGCUGAAAAGCCAAUUGGAGAAAGGACAUUCUAUCGGAAAGAUCACCUACGCCAACAUCUGAACCUUGUUCAUGAUGUAAAAUUUGCUAGUUGGAGUAUGGAAAGUUGGAAAGCUAUUACACCGGAAAUACGUUCCAGAUGCGGUUUCUGUGGAAUUGUAAUGGAUUCUUGGACUGCUAGAGUAGAUCAUCUGGCAGAACAUUUCAAAAGUGGUAAAAGUAUGAUUGACUGGAAAGGUGACUGGGGUUUUGAACCACAAAUUCUUAACAUUGUUGAGAACGGAAUUCCUCCUUAUCUUAUUCAUGAAGAGCGAAUGACCGUACGACCUUUUGAAGCCUCUCAUGAUCCUUACAAGGAGGAUCGCACACCAGAAACUUUGGUCAAGAGUGGCCUUACACAAUACGUCAAUGAUAAGGUUGUGCAGGGCAUAACUCCUACUGAUGAAGAAUUACUCGGUAUAGCUCGUCAAAUAAUUCGCAAUUUGGAUGCUGUCUCGGAUUCACAACAUCCCCAAGAAUCUUGGUUGCGAGAUCUAAUCUGUUUCUCCGGGUCGGAUAACUACGAAACAGAUGAACAAGGGACGCUUGAAAUGACUCGAAGUAAACCAUUCGAAACAACUCAACACUCAUUAAUCGGUGUAAUGCCAUCAAUGCAUCAGUGUGCAAAAGAGCGAGCACUACGAAAUUACGUUACUUCGAGACAAAUGCUUGGUCUAACUGCUACGGAUUAUGAGUUACAGGUUGAAGCAUGCAGAAUUCUUGAUGAAGCUGAAUUGACAGCGAUACUUCCAUGCAAAGGUGCUAUUUCUUGGUUCAAGUAUCUCAUAAAGAACUCAACUUCCUGGCUCGCUGAUUUCAGAAGACGUGCGGGCUUGCCUAGGAGUUCUGAAAUGGCUAAUGAAGGCGUAAGAUCGAAGGACGAGACUUCUAUUGACCAUGCUAUACAUAACUACGCAAGACUCGAGGCAGAGCUGAAAGAUUAUGUACAACUUCAAGCUGCGUUGGAUAUAAAGCCUGCAGAUUCUGAUCUUCAACGACAUGCUAGACUUAUCGUUUACGGAAGUGAUGAUCAAUGGAAUCAAACUUGGGCUGACGAUCCAUUAUAUCUCCAUAUAUUCAAGACCAGAAACGGACUUGCUCCAGCCGAAGAAAAUAAGCCUUCCGUUAUGUUUCCAACAGCUAUAGAUUCUCCGGGGCAAAGUGCAUCGUCUCCAUCACGAACUUUACACUGGGAGUUGGAAAACUAUGAAGCUCGCACAGGAAGCAAAGGCAGUUCGCCAAAUCCAAACUACAAUCAGCCUAUUCAUACGCUCAAAGCAUCGAAUCAGCCGUCAGCAAACUCUAACCCUGCACAACCUCUGAAAUAUUUUCUCAGCGAUGCAAAUUGUUAUAUCCGGUUAGUGCGAGAGCUUUCGAGAUUUGUGGCAAGGUGUAUGUCACCAAACAAUCCCAAUCAACAUAUACCAACAGACGCCGAACUUCAAAAUCAAGCUCGCUGGGUGAUUUAUGAUGACGAUGACCCAUGGAAUCAAACCGCAGCCGACAAUGCAGAAUGGCUAAUGCGGUUCAAACGCGAUGCUGGUCUCUCACCACAAGAAUCCGGACCAGGUCUUCCGACGGGGGAUCUUUCCUGGAAAGUUUCUUUGGGCGGCACAGGCUUUUGUCCACCUUAUCUAAAUCCAGGGAAAGACGUCAAGGCAUGUGACACAACAGAAUUCGAAGUCAAUCUUGCGAAAAUUGAUGAACGCGAAAAGAUUGUGAAGUUGAGAGGAAAGACCGCAAAUGGAUACAUUAAAGGUCUUAAACAACGAUACAAGAUGCCCGCACAAGUUUUCUGCUCGAGAGAACUGGAAGAAGCGUUACUAGAUUUGGUCAAGGCGGAAAAGGCACAAGGGCGCGUCCCAUCCGAUGAGUUAUUAAGGGCCAAGGCAAGAGAAAUUUUAAAUAUGCCAAAUACGGCUGCGGAUGAUAGUCAACUUUUGGAGAAAUUUAAGACCCAUUAUGGGGUUCAUUCAACGAGUUCUUCGCCACAUUCACAAACUCAAACUCAAACUUAUCAACCACACGCCCAGUCAAUCCCAUCCUUCUCAACAAAUCAAACACCGGCUUUUCUUAACGAUGAUGAUUUAUUGGCUUCCUUUGAUCAGGAAUUGCUUGACAAUACGGAAAUGGAUUUGGGCUUGGAGUUAAAUGGUUCAUCAUCCACCAAUAUGGAUUUCCUCUCAAAUCAUCCUUCGGCACCAUUAGGAACUAUCCCUAGCUCAUGUAUAUCUAAUUUUCCGCCAUUUAACAAUACCAAUCCAAUUAUGGAUUUCGAUAUUGGUAUGAAUAUGGAUCUCGCGAUGGGAGAUAAUGGCUCCGAAUCAUGGGCUGGCUUACAAUCAAAUAGCAUUGAUGUGAGUGCAUUUGGUGCAUUGGAAACAAUGGAAGGUAUAGGAGAAAUGGAUGAGACAUUUAAUAUCGAGGGAUUAGAGGAAUUAAAUGGAGAGGAUAUGAAUAAAGAAAUCGAAUAUGCGGAGUUGCAUAGAGUUAGUACGGCGACGGCUAGUCCGUGGAGAAGGAGGGCGAGUGAGAGGUUGGCAAGGGGUGGAGUGAGAGGGUUUGAUUUUGAGGGAGGUGGUAGGGAGAGGUUAUGGUAGAGAUUAUGGGAUGAAGGAGAAUUGAGAAUGAGGUUCUUGUAGAUUGGCGAUGAGGAAUUGGUUUAUUGGAGGGCGUUUGAAUGUCAUUUUCAUGAUAGGUGUAUUGGGAUGCGAUGAAAUGAAAUGAGAUUUUGCAACGAUGAUAAAAACUUGUGUAUAGAAAUAAACGAGGGCGCGAUGGAAUGGGAUGGGAUAGAUAAUUUUAAUUCAACGAUAUCCAGAUUAACA